CCACUUCCCUCAAUUGCUCACCAUCUUGAAGAGAAACCAAGCCUAAAAACUGUCUUAUAGUUUUGAGAUAGAAACCCACAAUGGCUUCCACAAGCUCCUUUAGAGCCUCUUCUUCUUUUACUCCUUCCAUCCCUCAAACAAGUACUUAUGAUGUUUUCUUUAGUUUUAAAGGCGAAGACACCCACUAUAAUUUCACUGAUCACCUCUACAGUGCUUUGGGUAGGAGAGGGAUUCACACCUUCAGAGACGAUAAACUCAGGAGAGGAGAAGCGAUUGCUCCAGAACUCUUGAAAGCCAUCGAAGAAUCAAGGUCUUCCGUAAUUGUUUUCUCUGAAAACUAUGCUCGUUCGAGAUGGUGUUUGGAUGAGUUGGUAAAGAUCAUGGAGUGCCACAAAUAUCUGGGACAUGCUGUUUUCCCAAUUUUCUAUCAUGUGGAUCCAUCCCAUGUGCGAAAGCAAGAAGGAAGCUUUGGAGAGGCCCUUGCCGGUUAUGAAGAAAACUAGAAGGACAAGAUACCAAGGUGGAGGACGGCCUUGACGGAAGCAGCCAAUCUUUCUGGAUGGCAUCUACUAGAAGGGUAUGAGUCCAAUCAAAUUAAAGAAAUAACUGAUAGCAUAUUCCGUCGAUUGAAAUGUAAGAGGCUUGAUGCUGGUGCCAAUUUAGUUGGCAUAGAUUCCCAUGUAAAAGAGAUGAUUUUACGGUUGCAUAUGGAAUCAAGUGAUGUUUGUAUCGUUGGGAUAUAUGGAGUUGGGGGGAUUGGUAAGACUACCAUCGCAAAAGUUAUAUAUAAUAAACUUUCUUGUGAAUUUGAAUGUAUGAGCUUUCUUGAAAAUAUUAGGGAGGUUUCCAAUACCCAAGGUUUAUCUCACUUACAAAAUCAACUUCUUGGUGAUAUCCUAAAGGGAGAGGGGACUCAAAAUAUAAAUAGUGUUGCCCACAAAGCAAGUAUGAUAAAGGACAUUCUCUUAUCUAAAAGAGUUUUUAUGGUUCUUGAUGAUGUUGAUGAUCCAAGUCAAUUAUAAUAUUUACUUGGACAUCGUGAAUGGCUUGGAGAAGGAAGUAGAGUCAUCAUAACAACUAGAAAUAAACAUGUGUUAGUUGUACAAGAAGUGGAUGACUUAUAUGAGGUUAAGGGAUUGAAUUUUGAAGAAGCUUGUGAACUUUUCAGUUUGUAUGCCUUUAAACAAAAUCUUCCCAAAUCAGACUAUAGAAACCUCUCACAUCGUGUUGUAGGCUAUUGUCAAGGGCUUCCAUUAGCUCUAAAAGUUCUAGGUUCUCUCUUAUUCAAGAAGACAAUACCUCAAUGGGAAAGUGAAUUGAAUAAAUUGGACAGAGAACCUGAAAUGAAAAUUCACAAUGUGCUUAAACGAAGCUAUGAUGGAUUAGAUCGUACAGGAAAAAAUAUAUUUCUUGAUGUUGCAUGUUUUUUUAAAGGUGAAGAUAGGGAUUUUGUGUCAAGAAUAUUGGAUGGUUGUGAUUUCCAUGCAGAAAGAGGAAUAAGAAAUAUAAAUGAUUUGUGUCUUAUAACUCUCCCAUACAACCAAAUAUGUAUGCAUGAUUUGAUACAACAUAUGGGCUGGGAAAUUGUUCGUGAAAAAUUUCCUGAUGAGCCAAACAAAUGGAGCAGAUUGUGGGAUCCCUGUGAUUUUGAACGUGCACUUAUAGCAUAUGAGGGAAUAAAAAGAGUUGAAACAAUAUCCUUGGACUUGUCUAAAUUAAAAAGAGUAUGCUUGAAUUCAAAUGCUUUCGUAAAGAUAACUAGACUUCGAUUGCUCAAAGUUUAUUCAGAUCACGAUUAUAACGAUCUUGACACGAAGAAGGAGGAUUAUUAUGAUGAUAUAAUGAAACAUGCUUCUAAAAUGCAACUUGGCCGGGGUUUUAAAUUUCCUUCUUAUGAGUUAAGGUAUCUUUGUUGGGAUGGAUAUCCUUUAGAUUUUUUACCAUCAAACUUUGAUGGAGGGAAGCUUGUUGAACUUCGCUUGAAGUGUAGCAACAUAAAACAGUUGUGGCAAGGGCAUAAGUAUCUUGAAAGGUUAAAGGUCAUUGAUCUAAGUUACUCAAUUAAGCUCAUUCAAAUGUCGGAAUUCUCAAGUAUGCCAAAUUUGGAGAGACUAAUUCUUAAAGGUUGUAUAAGCUUGAUCGAUAUUCACCCAUCUGUUGGAAAUAUGAAGAAGCUUACUACCUUAAGUUUGAGAAGUUGUGAUAAGCUUAAGAAUCUGCCAGAUAGCAUUGGAGACUUGGAAUCUCUUGAGAUUCUCAUUCUCUCUGAUUGCUCAAAGUUUGAGAAAUUUCCGGAGAAGGGAGGGAACAUGAAAAGUUUAAAGGAGCUUCAUUUAAAUAAUACUGCUAUUAAGGAUCUUCCUGAUAGCAUUGGAGACUUGGAAUCUCUUUGGUUUCUUGAUCUCUUUUAUUGCUCAAAGUUUGAGAAAUUUCUGGUGAAGGGAGGGAACAUGAAAAGUUUAACAAAGCUUUAUUUGAUAAAUACUGCUAUUAAGGGUCUGCCUGAUAGCGUUGGAGACUUGGAAUCUCUUGAGAUUCUUGAUCUCUCUGAUUGCUCAAAGUUUGAGAAAUUUCCGGAGAAGGGAGGGAACAUGAAAAGUUUAAAGCAGCUUUAUUUAAAUAAUACUGCUAUUAAGGAUCUGCCUGAUAGCAUUGGAGACUUGGAUUCUCUUAAGAUUCUUGAUCUCUCUAACUGCUCAAAGUUUGAGAAAUUUCCGGAGAAGGGAGGGCACAUGAAAAGUUUAAAGGAGCUUUGUUUACGGAAUACUACUAUUAAGGAUAUUCCCAUCAACAUUUCUAGGUUGAAAUUUCUUGAAGGACUCAUCCUCGGUGGUUGCUCAGACCUGUGGGAAGGAUUAAUAAACAAUCAGCUUUGCAAUCUGCAAAAACCUAAUAUCAGUCAAUGCAAAAUGGCUGGACAGAUUCUGGUGCUUCCUUCAAGUCUAGAAGAAAUAGACGCACACCAUUGCACAAGCAAGGAAGAUUUAUCAGGUCUGCUCUGGCUUUGCCACCUCAACUGGUUGAAAUCCACAACAGAGGAGUUGAAAUGCUGGAAACUCAGAGCUGUUAUUCCUGAAAGUAGUGGAAUUCCAGAGUGGAUAAGGUAUCAGAACAUGGGAACUGAAGUAAUAACAGAACUUCCUAGGAUUUGUUGUAGCAUGUGUUUAUCGACCUGA